AUUUAGGCAUUUUUUAAUCUGGUGUGAUAAACUUGUAUAAAAUAUUGAUUAUUACAGUUUUCAAAUGCUGCUUCUGCAGAAUAGGAUCCCUUUUUGCUAUGCUUUGCUUUAUGGUGUAACAAGUGUAAUAAACGAUAUUUAUUGUAGAUUAGCUGGAUAAUUAGUCAAGCUAUCUGCUCAAGAAGUUCCUGCAAUUGGCUGUUUUACACACAUGUUGCUCGUAGCUUGCCACUUGUGUCUUAAAUACACUUUCCUUCCUAAGAAUGAUGGGCGGCAUGUCUGAGACUAACAGACAUGCCGCCGUACCCCUCCAGUAACCUGGAGGGGUACAGCAUCAGGUGGGGGAGGGGCAGAGCUGAGUUUUAUUCGCCGUGCAACCGGAAAAACUUGGGUCGCUGUAGCACUUUUUCUGGCAUAUGAUUAGAAAGUCUUGAAAUUGGGAAUGAUUUGACAUUCAAAUUUUAACUUGAAUUUAAAACCUCUGCAUAUACACCGACUCGGGCGGCUCAACCAAUCAGCAUUAGUCUCCUAGCGACACUGCUUUAACUUUUCCCCAUUCUUUUUUGCAGAUGCAUGUUUGAGGAAGUCACUCUGGGGAUGACUAAUUCCUGGAAAUUGGCUGUGGAAAAUCUCUCAAGUGCGAUGCAAAGAGAAAACCCUAUCUUUGCACACGGCUAUACAAAAUCCCUUUUCAAAAGAACCCUCAAAAUACAGGAGAACCCUUUGUUUUCAACCCAGGUUUUUUUUAACUGCCACCAGCAGAUAUAAAAGCUUCUCUCUUUGCAGGGCUUGGUUUUCUCUGUGGAACAGCACUGACCCAGCAUGUUGUGUUAUUGUAGAGCAGAGGAGAUGAGGAAAGAUGCAUGUAAGAUGCCGCACAUUCGCUGCUCUCUCAAGUCGAGGAAGGAUCCGUUUUGUUGAGGUCCGAGGAGACCGACGCGGUGGGAAGUAAGCGAGAAGGGUCGUCACACCUCACUUCGUCUCUCGCGUUCCCCCCCUGUGCCCGUCGGUCAGGGAUGGUGACACCAGUAACCUCUCCUCCUCUCCGUGGUGACAAGUACCUCCGCGCCUCGUCCCACCGCUCCCGCGAGCCCAACAGCCAGCACGCUUGCCGAGCGGACACUGAGACACUCCACCAGUCAGUCACUUUGUCAACCAGCUUGCUAUCACCCAGCAACCUAUUACCUCACGCCAUGACUGCUCUGUCUGACCUGUGUUUAGGAACUCAUUAAUUCAUGCCCCACAGCGUGAGUGGAGUGGAGAUGAGAAAAAGGCAGGCGGCUCACAUCGAGGCCCCGCCCCAGGUCCCUGGACAGCCUCGACCGAAUACCUGCUGCCUCUGCUGGUGCGGCUGCUGCAAGUGUUUGUGGAAUGAAGACAGAAUUGAGAGGAGCGAACGGCAGACCUGCACCAAGAUGGACAGUAUUGAAGCUGCUGGAGAACAACGUCCCAGUUUAGAAGAGUUGCUGUCGUGGUCACGGAGCUUCGAGAUGAUGCUGCGCUCGCUGGAGGGCCGAGAGGUCUUCCGAGACUUCCUGCGCUCCGAGUACAGCGAGGACAACCUGCUUUUCUGGUUGGCCUGCGAAGAGUUGAAAAAGGAGACCAAUCCCUCGGUGGUGGAUGAGAAGGCCAGGAUUAUAUAUGAAGAUUACGUCUCUAUAUUGUCGCCCAAAGAGGUGAGUCUGGACUCUCGGGUCAGAGAAGGAAUAAACCAGAGCUUGACGGAGCCUAGCAACAUGAUGUACGAGGAGGCCCAGCUCCAGAUCUACACCCUGAUGCACCGGGACUCCUUCCCCCGUUUCCUCAACUCCUCCGUUUACAGAGACCUCCUGGACAGCAGGAGGCGCACCUGCCUCGACACCUAAACCUCGCCACCGUUCGUCAUUGCCAACGUACGCCAACGAGACUACUACUUAAAAACUUCAAAUGCUACUACGGUGCCAGAAGUCAGGUUUGGAAGAAAAUAAGCAAAGUCUCUCUCUCUGUUCUGACGGGGGGGAGAAAAAAAAGCAAAAACAAUCUUAAAUAACAUCCAAGACAGCUGGUUGAGUUAUUUUUUGUUUGUUUGUUUGUGUUUUUUUAAUUUAUAUUUUUUAAGCAAUUUCUAUCCAGUUGUUCACUGGAGCUAGGUCGGCCUUUGCUGGCUGGUUAAUUGGUCGCUUUGAGACCAUUAUUGCUGGCCAGUGAUUGUUUUGCUAGCAAUUUGUGCUGUUUUGUUUGAUUCGAGCGGCCGACUCCGCCCUCGUCAGCGGUCGGUUUGAACGGCCGACCCGAUGCGCAGGUUGAGCGUGGACAAGGACUCCUCAGGUGGUGAGGAAACAGAGAAGGAGAGAGACGUAAAGGACAAACCCACUGUUCCCGUACUGUAAUAAUCCAACCUCAUUCUUUCUUUACCCUCACUUUACUGCUUUGUCCUUACUUGCCGGUUGUUGUCCCACCUCACCAUUGUUUUUUUGUUUUUUUUCUGUUUUAUACCUCCUCACUGUCCAAACAUGACACGCAGUGGCUGGUUGGAGUGGGAGAAUCUUUGCCUUUUUAACCAGUUGAAGCAUCGGCUCUCUCUGCAUGCAGCUCUCUCUCUCUUUUUCUAUCACUCUCUCCCUGUCUUUAUUGUAGCUUGACAAUAUAAGCCGCGGACUGCAACCUUUUCCGAGAGGUACUAAGGCUGGCUCUUACUGGUUGUAUACGCUCAGCGAAGGGGGGAAAAAAAGGUAUGUCAGUUUUACCAAUACUGCAGUUUUUAUGGAGAGGUUUUCUCCAGCCCUUCUUCUUGUCCGUCCAUCCGUUUGUCCGAGCGUUUUCCUUCAUGUAACCGGGAGAAGUAAGGGCUAGAAUUGUGGUUGGGCAGCUACUUCUAACAUUAUAUAACUCACGAACUUCUCUCCGCUGAGAAGAAAAAAUCACAAUGCCUUUACGUGUAAAGGAAGGCGGCAGAAGCGCAGAUUUGCUGUGAAGCAACCACAGUUUGUCCAACAAUCCCUACCUCCCAUACUUUAAAAAAAAAUAAAUUUAUUUUUAAUCCCUCCCUCUUUCUCUCACCUGCUCAAAGAACCCCCUACAGCUUGAGAAGCACAGGUGCCAAGUUUGGGCCAAAACUGCAAAUGGCGAAAACAAAAAUAAACCUUACAUUGUCUAGAUGAGCAGAGAAUUAUGGGAAGGAAAACGGUAGCAAUUUCCUUUGGUGCAGGCGUAAACAUGUGAGCUUUUUUUAACCCCGGCCUUUGAAAGGCUUCAGCUUUAGACCUCGAGGUGUUGGAUUUUCAGAGGAUUGCUUAACUGGGUGCCAAAUGGGACUUCAAAGGUCCUGGGAAGAGGUUUUUGAUUUAUUAUUAUUUUUUUAAUGGGUCUGCUUUUUUCAGAGGGCUGGUUCAAUAAUGCUGAAAGGCUGCAAUCCCAGGUUAGCAAAGAAAUCUGCUCCACACAAGCCUUUUUCACCUUAAACCAAAACGGUUUAAGCAUGCUGUAGACGAGCAGAUGAUAGGAUGCUUGUGCUAAUCUUCCCUCCCACUGCCAGCCCUCACACACUCUGGUCUGUUUUUCUAACCUGACUUGAACAGCAUGCACUUAUAAAUGUGUGUGAGUGUGUGUGCACGCGCGCGUGCGUGGAUGAGACACAAUAAAACACCGAACAGAAAGCUUAAGUUGCCAAAUGUCCUGUUAACAUGUUUAACAUACAAUGGACACUGUUUUUUUUUUUUUCUUUGAAAUGAUGUGAACAUUUAAACAGAAACUUUGUUGUUACCUGUGGAUCUUCAGUAGAAAGUGCAUGAGUGUGGCGUAUAAGAUGCAGUUUUAUCACAACGAGCCUCUGUGUUCAUUGAUUUGAUGGAUAUGCGGAACCAGAUUGUCCGGUCAGGAGAGUGCUAAAUGUAUCGGUGACGCCGCUCUCACACAGAGGCGUCCAUGUUGACGCCUUCUCUAACUACCUGAUGUUCUUGUGCCAAUCUGGAUCUGCAGUAAAGAGACAUUUGCUUCCGAUUAGUGAGGGUUAGGCAUGGGCCGGUACAAUAACCGCGCUUUGACAGUAUUAACACAAAAAAUUUAACGCAAGUACGUCCAACGGCAACCGAUUGCUUAAGUUUAUUUCCGCUGACGUGAAAAAAACACGGCUGGGUGGUUUUUAGGGACAGCUGACGUUGCAGUUUUAUCAUUGAACGUUAUACGUCGUAAUUUCUUUUCCGUCACCACAAAGACCCCGACGCUCUUCCUGAACUUGAUGCAGUAAGGUCUUCAUCAGUCGUGGACAAAAGAAGUCUGUGAAAAUCAAUCUGAAUGGGCAAAAACAUCACUAGAAAGGAGAAAUUCAGUGCAUGAAGAGUGAAAUACUUAAUCUGAUCCAAUCACUCUCCGACCUUGUGAGCAUGAUUGUGAUUGAAUAUGUCGUGCAGCUUGAGGUAUGCAGUAAACUUUUGAUUGCUGCAAUUAUAAAAAUGUCCCGACAUUUAUUUAUUUUGAUACAUCGAGCAGUUUUGGUUUUUUUUAGAAAAAAAAAAAGGCCUGCCAAAUUUAGUAGCAUUUUUCAACUGCUUAUUGUAACAGAAUAUGGCACAGUUUGUUUAUUAAUGAGGCUAUCUGCCUGUGUAAUAACAAUUUGUCUCCUAACAUCCAAAUUUGUGUGGCAAGGGAAAAACAUAAGACGUCUAACUUUCUGUGCUCAGCAACAGGUGGGCGAGGGACAGUGCUCUGUUGUAUAACCAGAGAAAGCUCCAGCAAAGCCAACAUUUCUUCUGGCCCAGGUCAGCGUUGUUGACCUCUUUGGGUUACCUUAAACCUCAAAGACCGGCCCUUGCCUCGCGAGGGAAGAAUCUGAGCCUCGUUGUUUUUCUAGUCCACAUAAAUUACACGGAACACUUUCUAGACUUUCGUCGAUCCAGAUGAAACUCAUUUCCACCAGAUUGCGACUGAUGUUGCUUGAUUGCGCGAGUGAUGUGCUGUGCACAUGCAUGCGCCCCGUUGAUCAUCAAAGGCAAAUGAAUCGAAGAAUUUGUAAAAUAAAAAAGAAAUUAAUUUAAAAAAAUCUGACGGUGAAGGUCAAGUUUCACGUACGAAACUCGUUUCUGUAGAAAAAUGUCAAAACUUGCGGUAGCUUUUCGUUUCGGCCAUUUUUUAAAAAUGGACUCCUGCUGGCAAAUCCCUCCUCUGCGCAAAUACGCUUGUAUGUUUUCUAUAUAUUAACUAACAAGAAUGUCUCACCAGGAACCAGAUAACGAAAUUAUGGUGCAGUCAAACCGAGUUUACAUUCAUAAACAAUGAGAUGCGUGUAACCUGUUUAAAACGUGCGGCGCGGCGGGGGGAGUUUAAUAGCCAGCCGGUUUGAAACUUGAUGGUGUUUCACAACAAGGACACAAGAAAGCAGAAACCUUAGCUUCUGCUGCUGUCGUCCUCUAAUUUAUUCCAACUUUUCCGCAGUGGGAGAAGUGCACGUGGUUGUUUGAAUCUUAUUUUUAAUACCUGCAUUGCGAUGGUGGAUUUUUACAAGCAAUGAUCAUGAUGUGAAGUGAGUUCCGAUUUUUUUAUUUUGUCUUUAAAUUCCCAAUGGAUUCCAUGUGAGAUAGCGUUUGAGACAUGGCUUUGGUUUUAUAGACGAGAAAUAAUAAUAAUAAUAAUAAUGAUAAUAAAAAGUAAAUACAUUAAAAAAACAAAAAGGUUGAGAGCUGAAGUGUCCUGACGGGGAUUGGAGGUCUGCAAAGCUUUGGCUUUACUGACAGUUUAUUUUUUUCUUUUAUAUUUAAGAAAAGACAAACAUUUAUAUAGGUGUUUCACUACCUCUCAUGUUGGUUAAUUUAUUUCACAUCUAGUUGUCAAUGUACAAGUUGUUUUUUUAUUUUUUUUUUAGAUCUACUUGAAGCCUAACACUGUAAACAACUCUGUGUAAAUGACCAGAGAGGUAGAAGAGAAGCCUGGGCCUAGUCGACAUGAUAAUUCUGAAUAUUAUUUUUGUUUAUGUGUAUGUUUGCUUUGAAUUGUGUUGAGCUGAACUAGAUUUUGCAUCUCUAUAAAGAAUUCAGGAAUCCACUGUUUAAGGGCUAAUCCCAUUUUUGCCUAUGCAAAUCUGUUACUGUGGGUGAGUUCAGAGAGGGCGCGCCGGCGCUCCUCUCAGCUGUGUUAGACGGACCAUGGUUUACAUUGCCCUUUGCUGGUUUUCUUCAAUCCUGUUCAGCAAAAAUGUACUCUUAUAAACAAGUAAUAUAGACAGAAGAGAGUAUAUGCCUUUAUGAUGAUUAAAAAAAACAAAAAACAACAAGAAACUUUAUUUAAAAGAACUUUUAACGUGUUGUCUUGACGUCGAGCGGCCGAGCGCUGAGGUUUUUGGUGCGACGCAGCAGUUGGUAGUCGACUUUCAGGCUACGACUUUAGUAGCUGAACUGUGCAGGAUUGCCUGACUGAAAACGUAUUUAUGUGAGGAGCAACCACACUAUCACCUUCACCAACACACCGACACCCAGUCUGGGAGGUCAUACGUGUAUUUGGGUCGUCUAGGUCUUAUUAUUGUCACGUUCAGUGUAACAUUUUGUCAUUUCUUUUAAAGUAAGACCAUGUGACUUUUUGUGGCCAAUCUGUCCCUCCUCCAUUUUGUGUACUCGCGUUACCAUUCUGGCCCUGUUUACUUCCAUUUUGUAUCCCACACACUUAAACUGGUAUAUAUUUUUAUAGUAAUUAUUUUAAUAUGACAAUAAUCAUAAAAAUACUCAAGCCACUUUUAGAAUGAAACUGAAUUGCAUAUUAGGUUCUUUAUAUUUUAUAUUUUAUAUUACACCCUAUUUUCAGUGAUUGUGGUUCUGAUACGGCAGUUCCCCCUCAUGAAAUGUGACUCUUAAUCAAACCAAAAUAACAGGACAAUAUAAGAUAAUAAUACAAUAUAAUAAUAACAGACCGCUACAGGAGAUCUUUCCUGCCAACAGUCAUCACUAUCUACCGUAUCUCUUUGAAGAAUUUGAGUUAAUGAGUUACAACAACGUUUAAUUUCCCUUUGGAAUCAAUAAAGCAUUUUUGGAAUUUGAAUUAUCCUGUUGCCAAGUUCUUUAUACAGAAAGUAGCUACUGACUGCCCUAAAAGUUGCUACAAGCUGCUAAAUGUUGUUGAUGCCUAAUUUGCAUAAUUGGCUGUGUGAGGAAAAAUGGUUCAAAAUGUAGAAAAAUGACCUUAAAAAUGUUUAGGAUUCCAAAUUCUUCUGUGGAGUUUCGCUUUUUAAGGUUAUAGCAACCCUCAACAACACACUCAGUGGUGCCUCACUUCCUCCACUAACGAUCAAUUUCUAGCCCUAUCAUAUUAUUAUAACAUUUUCCUGAACUAGGCCAUGUCUGAAGAGCCCACGGCUGAAGUAGUCUCCAUAAGCCUACGUUAAGUUAGCCACAGAGUGGUGCUGGCAGCUAGUUUCAUUUACCCAUUCUUUCAAAGCAAAUGAAGGAAGAUUGCGUGUGCAAAAAUGUUUCCAUUGCAAAUACAAAUUGAAACAUUUGCAGUGCUGAACUUUCAUUGGGAGACAUCUUUGUUUUAUAUCCAAAGCAACCCAACUGGACAAAAUGACCCCGACACCAAAAUUAUAUGGUCAAUAUUGACAUUUUAAAGCAUAAUUUAGGAAUAAUCCUUUUAUAAAAGCAGCACUUUACUAAAGUCACCUUAUCUGCAAAUUAAUGAAUUGGUUCUAAUUGGACAUUUACGAAUAUUUUUAGGAGCUAGGUUUAUUUAAGUUACCUAGUCUCACUUUGAAGGGCUGACCUGAAACAAAUCUGGGAAAUGAGCAAGUGGUGCAGGAAUGGAUAUGAGCACUGUCCAUUAGCCACGUAAACUAAAUAAAUAUAAUUUAAAAAAUCUCCACUUUCCAUUUAAUAAAUUUUUUUUUUAAAUAAUAUUUUUCUUUUUUACCUUCUUGGUGUCUGCCAGCACACACUGCACAUUUGUUGCGACUUUGUAACCAACCAGAGCAGCACAGUGUCAUCAGCAAACAGUGCCAACUUCUUUCUACUUCUUGUAGCCACAUCCACGUAGACUAUCACUGUGUUAAUACAGUAGCGUUUAUGUGGAGCGGAUUCAGGUUAUUUUUACUCGUUUUUUAAUUUUAAACCAGCCUCAUUCACCUUGUAUCAAGUUAGCACCUAAUGUCGCUUUUAUUCAUUUACUAUUUAUUUGAAUUCGAAGGUUGGGAGGUGAGUUUUCGCUUGACCUCCAACCAAAACACAAAAAAAACAGUUUAAUUUCUUUUUAUCUAACAGUCCAUACCCGUGGCUAACGAAGGACAAGCUUGUUGACUGAUGGCGGUUCGGGUUUUCCCUCAGUUGGGUACGGUGCCUCUUUAUGCUUUACAACAGACCUCAAGACCUCGUUCUGUCUCACUUCUGGGUCUGUCUCACUUUCUGUGUGUCGGGUCCUCACUUUCAUUUUUUUUUUUUUUUUUGCCAUGUCUUGAAAGCAUGGCGUCACACAUGACAUCACUGAAGGCAGUCGAGGCGGAAACGGCCCCAUUUAGCAGCAAAAAACCCCAACAAAAACGACGACGCUAAUGCUGUGUUCCUCGUACACGAGUACCCGCUCCCUCAUCCGGUCUUUUUCGUGCCUCUUCCUGAGGCGUUUGUGCUUCUUUAGGGAAGAGAUCACGUCUGUGUAGGUGCUCCUCGAAGUUGGCUAGGAACAGUUUAAGGCAAUCACUUUUCUCUUUAUUGAUUUAGAUGCCUAAACUUCUUGGUUUUUGUCAUGCCUUUGUAGAUAGACCGCAGCUGUCGAGGAACAAGCUGCGAACGAGAACAUUGAAAAGACGAGUCACUUCAGACUAUUUUAAAAGUGACACUUUUUUCUAUUCAGCAUGCUUUGUGCUAAAUAAAUGAAAUAAUUCAGUUAUUUGCUAUAAACGAUACUGUAUGAGUAUGUAUUCCAGUACUGCAGUAUGCAGACAUUUCAAAAACUCUUUUAAGAGGUUCAUAUUUUUCUUCUAGUAUGUUUGACUAAUAGAGACAGCUAUGGGUACUUAAUUAUAGUUUUGAGUGUUUCAUGAAUUGCCAGAAUGACGUAAUGACCCUCUUUGUUUUGUUUUUUUUGUUAUUUUUAAACGAUCUACAGUCUUCGGCUGUUGUCACACGCAUGAUUCAAAGAGCUAUUCCGAGACAGGAACGUUUGAUCAAGAUUUCUGUCUCACAAGAAUUCCCUGGCUACUUUACAACACUUGGGAAAAAUGAAAAAAAGACUGAUUGUUUUGUUUAUGCAAAUGAAGACAUUUUGGAUCUUUGUGGUCGUUUACAGUUGUGUUCAAAAUAAUAGUUUGUUGAAGAAAAAUGAGUAGAUCUCAAAAUAUUUGUAAUGCAUUUUUAUUUUCGUACAAUGACAUGCACUGCACCUGUGAUUUCAAAUCAGAACAAAACACAUUUGUUAUUACUCUACAGGAAGUGGGGGAAUCAUAUAGAUAGACCUGUUGAGGAUUUAACUUUCCUUUGACUAACUGAACUAAUGUGAAGUUCUGGAACAACUAUUCAGAUGAUUGGACUACAUUCCACUACUCCAAGGCCUUUGUCUUUUUUUUACGUUUUGCCUUACAAACAUCAUGCUAGCUUACUGAUAGAUUACUUUGAGUCUGUAGAUUGGGAUGAACACACCAUAAAGUCAAUCUUUCUGGUCUGGAACUAAGAUACAGUCUGCUUGCUGGUAUAUUUGUGGUCAUUGUCCUUCUGAAACACCAGUUUUAAGGGCGUUCCCUACAAUACGCCAGUUUAGUUGUCGUUUAACUGCUCCAUUAUCCCUUGUGUUACAUAAAUAGGCCCAACAUUACAGAGCGACAAGCAUCACAUAAUGAGCCCCCAAUCUUACUUCCAUCAGUCCGGACCAGUCAAUGUGCUCUCGGUCAAAAUGUAACCUCGUCACCUGUUUGCUUCAGACUUUCUGGCUUCUUCUAGGCUUCUUCCAACUGCUACAGCACUCAGAGGUAACUCCUUUGGGGUUAGGUUUUCAUUUUAAAGCGUUCGAAAUCAUUUUAGCUGGAGAGGCCAUCGUUUUCUGCUGUACUUUAUCCAUUUUGGUACCUCCCCAGUUUACUUUAUCCACUUCAGGAACAACCCAUUUAACGAAUUCAAUGAAUGUCCUCAUCGAUUGAAUUCCACACUGACAUUAAUUUGAUCACACCCUUUGAAAUAGAGGUUCAAUUACAUAGCUAGCAGCAAGCGUGUUAAGGGAUUGAGCUAGCUAUUGUUUUGAACACAGCUGUAUGUUUUAAAUAUAUAAAAGCGGAGUUGGUGGACUCACUGACAUUUUCAAAAGUAAAAUGUAUAGAUUUUAAAAAAAAAAAGACAGUAGUCUCUAUAGACACACAUAUUUGAGUCAUGCUGAUAACAUCUCAAAGCACUGUGCUCCGACUAUUCAGGGUUUAUGUUGCUCCAGAAUUUGAUUGCUGUUCAUCAUGACCUUGAGAUGUACAGUACACUGGGGCAAAACUGAACAUCUACUUGGAACUGUAGCAUGGAACAGACUCGUUUACCCUCAUCGUGCAGCAACAUAACGCUGUGCUACAAAAGCUAAGUGUGAACACAGUUCAAAACACUUAGCUUUACAUGACUUACAUUCUUCUAAAUUAUUGGAAAACCCAUGCAUGAUAGUGCAGUUUGGAUAUUAUUUGCACUCCAGUGUUUGUUAGACAUCUAGAUAUGAAAUAAAAUAAAACAUUUACUGUUAAAGUUGUUGUAAAAGAAACAAUUGUCAGACUGGUGUGGAAAUGUAACAGAGUGGAGUUAGAGAAGCAAAUUAAAUCAGAUUUCCACAUAUAAAGUGAAGCUAGGUUGCAGCAGGUUGCUAGGCUCAAAACUAGCAAGCUAAAGCUAGUCACCUUAAACGUCUGUACUCACUUUGUAAGCCAAUUUUUAUUUGUUCUGUUUUGUUUGGACAAGAAUUGGCUAUCCAAAAAUAAUUUUAUGAUUUGUGGCUGGAAAAUUAUCCAAUUUUGUCCCAUGACAGAUCAAGGUGAGCUGAGCUAACUAGCUGCUAGCUUGGCCUUCGUUUGACUUGGAGCUUAAAUGAGCACUUUUGCAAAAAUGUUAUUCAAAAGAUAUAGAAAAAGUCGUUGAGUAAUGUAAAAGUUGCAAAAGAAAACGGGUUGGAAAAUCCAAGUUGGGUUUUUUUGUGGGCACUAUAACUGUCCAGCAAAGUACAGAAUCAGCGCUUCUCGGUGGAUAUAAUGUGCCAUAUUUAUAACGUGUCUUUGGAUAUAGUGUAAAGAGGUCAAAAGAAAUUGUUGGAAUGUUUAAUCGCAGGUUCUGUUGCACUAAAAUAAUCCUGUUACACGUCCUACUUACGUUGGCUGUCACUGAUUUGUUUGGUUUCUCGGAACCGUCCCUCCACCAACCUCUGUAAACCGGUGAUGGACAUUUUCCAACACGCCUCAUACAGGUGGCAAGUGAUCACACCGUUUCCAACAAAACAAACAAACAAAAAAACUGUAAGAAGAUGCUGUACACCAUUUCUGAUUUCUUUGUGUGCUGGACCAGUCACAUUUUAUCUCAAAAGACACAAAAGUCGUCCUUUGAACCUUACAUGAGUUAUUGUCACAUUAGCAUCCUGCCCAUGUUGUGGUACAUUUUACUCUACUUAUCUUCUAUGUCUGUCUUUGUUUACAUGAUGACAUUUUGCAUUAAGAGAGAACUACAGUCUAUGGUUACUGCCCUUGAAUAUCUGUAAUUUGAAUAGUGCUGCUAGAGAGAGAAAUCUAAAUGUAACAACUUACAAUAAAGAGUUUAUUAAUAGAU